AUGAUGCAGUUGCGGACAUAUGCCAGCCUUAGUCUGGUUGCCGCCCUGGCGGUUAUAUAUCAUGCAUUCAGCACAAGAGGCCAGUUUUAUCCAGCUAUGGUGUAUUUAUCCACCUCCAAGAUCAGUUUGGUGCUUCUUCUAAACAUGGGACUAGUAAUGAUGUGUAUUUUGUGGCAACUAACCAAGAAGGUCUUCCUUGGUACACUCCGGGAAGCUGAAGUGGAGAGGUUGAAUGAGCAAUCGUGGAGGGAAGUUAUGGAAAUCCUCUUUGCAAUCACAAUCUUCAGGCAGGAUUUUUCAGUGGGAUUCCUCGCUAUGGUUACAGCCUUGCUAUUAGUGAAGGCUUUGCAUUGGUUGGCUCAAAAGAGAGUUGAGUACAUUGAAACAACACCAUCUGUGCCGAUGAGGUCUCAAGUUCGGAUAGUGUCAUUUCUUGGGUUUCUUCUGUUUGUAGACAGUUUGUUCCUGUACAGCUCUAUAAAGUAUUUGAUAGACACUCGACAAGCUUCAGUUUCUCUAUUCUUCGCGUUCGAGUAUAUGAUUCUGGCAACCACUACAGUGUCUACAUUUGUAAAAUACGUCUUCUAUGUGAGUGACAUGCUUAUGGAAGGACAAUGGGAAAGAAAGGCUGUUUACACCUUCUACUUGGAACUUAUCCGAGACUUACUUCAUCUGUCGAUGUAUCUAUGCUUCUUUCUUGUGAUCUUCAUGAACUAUGGCGUGCCCCUGCACCUGAUUCGAGAACUUUAUGAGACGUUUAGGAAUUUCAAAAUUCGUGUUGCUGAUUACCUUCGUUACAGAAAGAUAGCUUCAAAUAUGAAUGAUAGGUUUCCAGAUGCAACACCUGAAGAGAUUAACGCAAGUGAUGCUACCUGCAUUAUUUGCCGUGAAGAGAUGACUACUGCCAAAAAGUUAAUUUGUGGACAUCUUUUCCAUGUUCAUUGUCUCCGUUCUUGGUUGGAGCGCCAGCAUACCUGUCCUACAUGCAGAGCGUUGGUUGUACCGCCUGAAAAUGGUGCAAGUACAUCUGGUGGGCAACCUGGGUCGUGGUCAAACACUAAUCAAAACUCUGCAAACACUGGUAGUGCUUCUGCACAAGGUUCGGCUGGUGAUGGUGCUGAUGAUGGUUUGAGCCGACAUCAGGCAAGACUCCAAGCAGCUGCUGCCGCCGCAGCUGUAUACGAAAGAUCCUUUGUUUAUCCUUCUCCAAACACUCUAGUCUGGUCUCCUGGGUAUGCCCUAUUUCCUGAGGGAGAGAGACCUUCAGCCAGCAACAUUUCAGCAGCGGGAGGAGAAGUAGGUGUGGAUGGACAAUCCCAUGCCCAAUUUCAAUUCCAUGCCGGGCCUUCGAACAUGCCUUCUCUGCCUCAAGGCUCCCCAGUCAUGUUCGUCCCAUUUCAAGCAGCAGGUGGUAGUAAUGUGAAUGUAAGAGACAGGCUCAGCGACUUGGGAGGGCUGUCAAGCUCCGAGAUGGAAGCACAGAGAAAGUUUCUGCAAAGCCAGAUCGAGGUGCUGCAGAGCCAGCUCCAAUUUCUGGAGCAGCCCGAAUCAGAGGUGGAAAAGAUGGUGUCAACAGACUCUGCGGCGACAUCGUCGUCGGACAGCAAAGGCAAGGGGGUCGUAUCGUCUUCUUCCUCGGCGCCAGAAUCUCAUGAGGAUGGCAUCUAA